UGCUAGGUUCUUGAUGUUUUGCAGGUACGACAAAGGUCUUGAAGGCCGUCACUGUAGAAGAAGAAGAUCAAAAAAAAUCAACAUUUACGGGUCUCCAUAAAUUAAAACGUAUAAUUUACAAAGAAAUCUUAUUAUGUUGUGCAUGUCAUAAAUAGAAAGAUAGGCAAAAGUAAAUAGAAAUCCAAGUGGCUAGGAAACCACCAGUAAUGUUCCACAACAGUGGCAACCAAACAAUGGUCUUCUCAUGACCAAUGAUAUCUCAGAUGUCAACCUUGAAGAAGCAGUUUGCCUAGCUCUCUCAAGUCAGGAUAUAGAAGCAGUGUUAUUCCAUUGUUUAUUAUUGGUUUUUCAAGUUGAUACGAUUAUGGUGACAGAUGGAAUCAGAAUAUUAGGUCUUGGAGACCUUGGAGUUCAGGGCAUUGGAAUUUCAAUAGGGAAGCCAGAUCUCUACGUCGUUGCUGCUGGUAUCGUUCUUUAUAGUUCAAGCCAAAUUCUCCAGGAGGUACAAGAAAACGAAGAAGAACAUGAAGAGCAGGAAAGCCAGGAAGAAGAGGUUUCUGAGUUCGUAGCUGAUUGCACAUAUACGAACAUGUAGUCGUUGCGAAAUAUUGCAAUAUCGACUACGAAAUAAGUAUGUGCAACAGUAUAGCUUAAAAUGCAAUCAGAUACGAACUCAGAAAUAUUUGAACUACUCACAAGGCUAGUUAUGAAGCAACAAAAAGCUAUACUUAUUUGAGCAUGUAGGUAAUGAAUGAUGUUGAGCUUGUCACUUGGUAUUGUGCCUUUAAGAUUAUAUCUACCACUUAUU